CUCUCUCUCUCUCUCUCUCUCUGGCGCGCGCUCUGUAUCCAUGGAGAGCUCGCGCAGCCGUCGCGCGCCUCACUUCUUAACAUUUUAACAUGACGUAACGAAGUCAAGCGUUUUAUCGCAACUCGUAGCAUUUCUGCGCUACAAAUUUUUAAAAAAAACUUUUCUUUUUUAACAUCUUAUCACAUUAACACUUUUCCUUCGGUUUUUGAGAGAUAUAUAUUGUGUUCGCUCCGACACUCCGGGCUCUGCAUGGAUGAGGCAGCGGUGCUGAAGAUGCCUCUGCCGGGUAUCCGACUCUGGAAUCGACCGGCCAACCAGAAGAAGGUCAAAGCGAGACGGAAAAAGCGAAAGGAGUUGGUUUUAAUCCAGCUGUGCUUGUUCGGAAGCUUGCUUCUGGUUGUGAAGGGCUUUUCCUACUUGGCGGAGAAUUCAGGUUUUGUCAUCUCCAGCCACGGUGCAGAGGACCGGGAGAGAUGGGGAGGGCGGAGGCUGCUCCAGGAAUCAGACAACAGCAGUAUGGAGGAAGAGGAGGAGAGCGAAGAAUCAAAGAACUGCACAGCUCCAGCUCUGCAUGAGUUUCCCACUGACCUGUUCACAAACAAAGAGAGGACAGAAGGAGCCGUGGCCCUCCACGUUCUGUGUACAGUUUACAUGUUCUGUGCCUUGGCCCUCGUCUGUGAUGACUACUUCGUUCCAUCUUUGGAGAAGAUUUGUGAGCGUCUCCAUCUCAGCGAGGAUGUUGCUGGUGCAACCUUCAUGGCAGCUGGCAGCUCAGCUCCUGAGCUCUUCACAUCCGUCAUUGGGGUGUUCAUCACAAAAGGCGACGUGGGUGUUGGGACCAUUGUGGGCUCAGCUGUCUUCAACAUCCUCUGUAUCAUUGGAGUUUGUGGUUUCUUUGCCGGUCAGGCAGUGAAACUCUCUCAUUGGGCAUUGCUUCGAGAUUCUAUUUAUUAUACCUUGUCUAUCACAGCACUUAUUGUGUUUAUCUACGAUGAGAAAGUUUGCUGGUGGGAAUCUCUUGUCCUGGUUCUUAUGUAUGCAAUCUACAUCCUUAUCAUGAAGUUUAAUGGCAGGGCACACCGAUACUUUGAUCGUCGAAAGAAGGGUUCCAUGAAUUUGGCAAAUGGGUUGACAGGAAGCACUGAUCUUGAGGAUAAUGUCACUUGUGAUGCUACAGCAGUCCUGCUUAAGAAAGCUAACUUCCACUGUAAGCCAUCGGUGCUGAUGGUGGAUGAGCUGCUGUCUGCAUACCCCCACCAGCUGUCCUUUUCUGAAGCCGGCAUGAGGAUCAUGAUCACCAGUCACUUCUCCCCAAGAACCCGCCUCACCAUGGCAUCCCGCAUGCUUAUCAAUGAGAGGCAACGACUGAUCAACACCACGGAGACUCGAGUUCAUCGUAUCACCAAUGGCGACUCGGACUUGGCGGCCAGAGUGCAGGCAAGGCGGAUUUUAGACAACGGAAUGGGCGGGGCUGAGUGGGGGCUGAACGGGAGGUGCCGACUUCAACGACUGGAAUCUGGGAAUGACACGGAGAAUGAAAAUGAGGAUAAUGAGAACGAUGGGGACGGAGAAGGCGAUGUCAGUGGGGGUCCCCUGGUUCCUUUCAGAGUUCCAGUGGGCAUAUGUAACAAACUGAAGUGGCUGACCAUGUGGCCGUUGUCUCUGCUUUUGUUCUUCACCGUGCCAAACUGUACCAGUCGGCGCUGGGAGAGAUGGUUCAUGGUCUCCUUCCUCACUGCCACCAUCUGGAUUGCUGGCCUCUCGUACAUUAUGGUCUGGAUGGUGACUGUGAUUGGCUUCACUCUCGGCAUCCCCGAUGUCAUCAUGGGCAUCACCUUCUUAGCAGCAGGCACCAGUGUUCCAGACUGCAUGGCUAGUGUUAUCGUGGCUCGGCAAGGUCUGGGAGACAUGGCCAUCUCCAACUCCAUAGGCAGUAAUGUGUUUGACAUCCUGGUGGGCCUGGGCCUGCCAUGGGCUCUGCAAACCCUCUGCAUCGACUACGGUUCCAUUGUCCAUCUUAACAGCAGAGGACUCAUAUUUUCUGUUGUGCUCUUACUAGCCUCAGUAUUCUUCACAGUUCUCGGGGUCCAUUUGAACAAAUGGACUUUGGACCGUCGACUCGGCUUGUCCUGUCUCUUCAUGUAUGCCAUCUUCCUGUGCUUCUCCAUCCUCAUCGAGUUCAACGUCUUCAUCUUUGUCAACCUUCCCAUGUGCCGUGACAUUCACUGACUGUUCAUCUUUCUACGUCUGGCUGAUGCUAAUGUGGGAAACCUUUCCUGGCUUCCAGUUUCUUGGCACCUUGAAACCAAGUCCUGCUUUUUUUAAAAAUAGAAAAAUAGAGCUCUGUAUGAUUUAUCUGUGGUGCAAUACACUCAAGGGAAAGGACACACCACUGCUUUUGGGAUUAGAAAGGAGCUGCGAAACACGUGUCGGUUACGAUUGUAGAGGUGAACCCGCUUGGCUCCUCUAUUUGAAGACGGGACGGACGGGUUGGGCUGGAUUGAACUUGUCACAAUCAACAGCUGGCUACUGUUGAUGAAGAAGCUGCUACUGAAACUCAGAGAGAUCAUUUGCUUUUAGCUAUUUUUAGCUGGAUUGUUUGCUACUCUUUGUAUAAACGUGGACAUAAGUACACAAAUAAGGUAUUUUUAAGUCAAAA